ACAGACACAUCCUUUAGAGGAAAAAAAAAAAGUUGGGCAAGUGAAAGGUCCACUUUUUAUCAUUGGUGUUGUUUUCUAAAACAUUGUAACAAAGGUUAGACACUUAAUAUUGUGGUCACUCCAGUUUCUCGUCUUUGAGGUAGACUAAAAAUAUUAUAUUUGGCGAAAUUAAGAUUAAUUAGUUCAUCAGGUUGACCCAGUGGAGUGUAGAGUAGGUCUCUGUUUUUCUGGAUCACCAAAAACUCUUAAAGGGCUUCAGUGCCUCUUUUCAUCAUAAUUUUACUCUGCGGUCUCACUAAUAUAUACUCUGCCAACAUAUAAUUUAUGACUAUUUGUAAGUAUUUGGGUCAUUUGAAAUAGGAAGGCUUGAGAGAAGUUGGGCACUUGAACUAAGUUACGUAAGCUGUAAACAUUUAAAUCACUCAACUCAUUAUUUAGUAUUUGUCAGCAGCUGAAUUUUAGUGCAUAUUCCAUACAGUAAGAGUAUCCUCUUUCCAUAUUUCAAAAUGUCUUCUAUGUUGGAAUUUUCAGAAAUGUCAGUAUGUCUUUGCUUAAUCUAGCCUUUUUAGACUCAAAAAGGCUAUAUUUCUAGUUUUAAAAAACAUCCAUCUUUAAAGUUAUUAUCUAAUAACAGUAUUAUAAAAGUUUUUCACCUUUGCUUCCCCGUUUUCUCCAACUUAUGAUAGGUUGUCAAUUUAUUUGUUAACAUCUACUGUCUUGACUACAUUAACUUUGUUUCUGUAGAAGUUUCUGCCUGAAGCAGCCAAAGGCUCAGUGACAUAGGAAUGAUGUUUGCCAGAGAUGAAAUUGGCCUGAUCCCAUGCCCCGAAGCAAGAUAUAACCGGAGUCCCAUUGUCCUGGUUGAGAACAAACUUGGUGUGGAGAGCUGGUGUGUCAAGUUCCUAUUACCAUAUGUCCACAACAAGCUCCUUUUGUACAGAACAAGAAAGCAGUGGCUAAACAAAGAUGAACUGAUAGAUGUCACCUGCACCCUGCUACUUCUCAACCCAGACUUCACCACUGCAUGGAAUGUGAGGAAAGAGCUCAUCCUCUCUGGCACUUUAAGUCCAAUUAAGGAUCUACAUCUGGGAAAAUUGGCCUUAACUAAGUUUCCUAAGAGUCCAGAGACAUGGAUUCACAGGCGCUGGGUGCUGCAGCAGCUAAGUCAGGAAACAUCCCUGCCUUCCUCUGUGGCCAAAGGAGGCUCAGGUGCAGUUCCUGCAGAGAGGACACAGCGAAUAAUACAGGAAGAGAUGGAAGUCUGCAGUGAAGCAGCAGGGAGAUAUCCCAGUAACUAUAAUGCCUGGUCCCAUCGCAUCUGGGUUUUACAGAACGUGGCCAAGCUGGAUCUGAAGAUUCUUCUUGAUGAACUAUCUUCUACGAAACACUGGGCGUCCAUGCAUGUCUCAGACCACAGUGGAUUUCACUAUCGCCAGUUCUUGCUAAAGUCGUUGAUUAGCCAGACUACUAUAGAGAGUGCUGUAACACAGCACAACUCUUUGAAAAAUGAGCCAAAAGAUGAAGAAGCAGCAGCAUCAACAGAGGAGCCAAGUGUGAAUCUUCCCCAGCUCCUAGAAGAAGAGGUGGAAUUCUGCACAGAUCUUAUUGAUUCCUAUCCAGGACAUGAAACCCUUUGGUGUCACAGGCGGCACGUUUUCUACCUUCAGCAUCACUUAAAUGGCAGGCUUCCUCCCAGCUUGACUCACCUGUCACCUGCAGACUCCUCUGGGGGGGCUUUGAAGGACUUGCACCAGAUUCCUACAAGCCCUCAACAAUCUCAGGCAAUGGAAGUGGACGGACUGAGUGACUCUAGCAAGCAAGGCUAUUCCCAGGAAACAAAGCGCCUGAAGCGGACCCCAGCUCCAGACUCCCUAGGCCUAGAGAUGGAGCACAGGUUUAUUGAUCAAGUAUUGUCCACUUGUCGGAAUGUAGAGCAAGCCAGGUAUGCCAAUGCAUACAGGAAAUGGCUGGUGACUCUGAGUCAGUGAAAGGGGUGGAUUCAUCCUAAGGAAUUCCCUUUAGUGCAAUAUUGCUUUUCUUUCUCAAUGCCAUAGUUGCAUGAACUGACUGGCUAACUGUAUUCUUCAUCUAUAGCUUAAAAGUCUAUAAGAUACCUUUUGUUUUAUUUAUUUUGUUAAGAGCCAGCAUUCCUUUGGGUAUAAGGUAACUGUAGAGUUCCUUCAUGCUAAACAGCGUCUUAAUUCUUUUCUUCCUCGUUGAUCCAUGGCUCUCUAUGUCCACACUCGGGCUUCUCGUUUGUCUCUUGAGCUUGGCUCACAUACUUUACUCACCUCAGUUCAGUUGCUACAUAGAUAGUUUCUUUAAAAAUUGAAAAUUUAUGUUGCAGUUCAGCUUAAGAAUAUUAAUACAUAUGCAGAACUUGCUCUAAUUGCAAUUUUGAGAAUAAAAUGGCUAGAUGGGUGGAUGUGAGAAUGUCAGCCACUUCUUUUUCAAGCAUGUUCUCCAGUUAUCCACUCAGAACCAAAGCCAGGAGUGUUGGAAUUUAUAUAGAAAAAAAAAUGCUUCCAAUGUAAUCUAUUUUUUAAAUGAUUAUUUAAAAGAAACUAAACUAAUUUAAGAGUUUAUGUAAUUGUAGUACUGAAAAAUUAUUUUUAUUACUAGUUUUGAUAGAUUGUUUUUACCUCAUAUUUGGUAUAUGCCAAAACAGCAAAUCAGCCCUUAUAAAAUAAAUUCUUUUUUAAAAAACCCACAAAUGCCAUUUUUAGUUAUUACUAUUUUUUCCUUCUAAAAUCACUUAUGAAAGUGGGACAUAGAAAUGUAGUCCUGUAAAGCUUUUUUAAAUUAGUAAAUAAGUAAGUAAGUUACUGAGGUCAUAGUGGAUAAACUGCAGUUUUUGUCAAGUGGCUAGUUAGGGUUUACUGGCAAAAUCUAGGGAGGAAGAGUAGUUUUCAGCGUUUAGUUCAGUUUUUACUUUUAAAAUGAAACAGCGCUCUUUGAUACUAAAUUCAUCAGGGAUAAGUACCAAAGUCCACCCUGGAGCUGUCUCUCAAUACCAAGGGCUGUGGUCUUCAGGCUGAGAAGCUGGGUGGGAAUGGGUCCAGGCUCCUUUCUUAUUCCAUCCACCCCUUCAGAUGAGCUGUGAUUCCUCUGUGUGUACGCCUUCUCUUUAUCUUGCCAGUCCAUUCCAUACUUUCCAUCACUCACUGACCCAUAUUUUUCUCUCGUGUUCUUUUUUCAGGGAUGCCUACAGAAGCUAUUAUCAGUGUUAUAAUAGCUUAAGACCUAUCUAUAAACACAAGAAGUAUGAGUAAGAGGUGCCCCUCUCAAAUUUCCUUUUAAUGGUUGUCUUGGUUAGGGUUUCUUUUGCUGUAAUGAAAUGCCGUGACCAAAAGCAACUUGGAGAGAAAAGAGUUGAUUUUGCUUAUACCUGCGGGUAACAAAUAGUCCAUCACUGAGGGAAUUCAGGGAAAUAACUCAAGCAGGGCUGGAAUCUGUAGGCAGAUGCUGAUGCAGUGGCUGUGGAGGAGUGCUGCUUACUGGCUUGCUCUACAGCUUGCUCAUUCAACUUUCUUGUUGGGACCCAGGACCACUAGCCCAAGGAGUGGCAUCACUCACACUGAUCUGGGCCCUCGGUCAUCAAUCACUAAUCAAUCCACUAUAGGCUGUUUACAGCAGGAUCUUAUGGAACAUUUUAUCAAUUGAGGUUCUCACGUCUCAGAUGACCCUAGCUAGGGUCAAAUUGACAUAACACUAGCUGUCUCUUGUCCUGCAUAUGUGCAAAAUGCAAGCAAUGACUGCAGAAAUAAGCCCAGCCGUCAUGUCUGGCAUGUUCUCCUUUCUCAUGCUUGCUUAUAUGCAUUGCAGGUUGAGGGACAGAAGGAAAGGCAAGCCUCUUCUGCCUUGCUCUGGUGGACACUUGUACUUGAGUUGAGUUAGGCAUACUGCAUUAAGAGAAAAGAAACACACUUUUACUUGGGCAUCAUGGUCUUAUUAGGUGGCAGACUGCUGAUUUGGGUGACACUUAGGAAACCAGGAAAAAGAUUUCUACUGGCCCCAGGGGAUAGAUCUUGCUCUCUUGGGGCAAAGUUGUUUUUACUAUCUUAUAUUAUUUAGGUGGUAAUAUACUUGCCAUUGUGAACAUAAUUCCACAGCCUUCUAUAUACAAAGCAUAUUUUGAAUCAUUAAAUACCUCAGGUUCUACAUGGACCUCUAUAGGGAAAACCAUUACAUGAUUUGUAGGUCCUCUGAGAUUGAGAAGUGACACAAAUGACAUGCAACUCCUGUGGCUGGACCCUGUCUUGACUCAGUCUUACCUUUUCUUCUCAGCAUCCUUUUUAGUGUCCCAAGUAAUAGGGCUUAUCUUUGAUAUAGUAUGUGUCAGGACACGAGCAUAGGCGAUGCCUUAUGAACAUCAGCUAAAUUUUUAUAGUGCUUCAUGCCUUUUUAUAUCUCCUACUCAGCAUCUUGAUCAUCUAGGUGUCAGCUGCCUUCUUCUAAGGCUCAGCCCACGCCUUCCCAAAGCCGUAGAGUCCUCUAAUAUACUGUGGUUGCAUCUUCCUAGUAAAGUUGGAAGUAGGUAGUAAAAAUGCAAAUAUUGAAAAGAUCCUGUUUCUGUGUAGGUUUUUGUAUGCUACAUUAUUUCUGAAAUUAGCAUUUUCAAGUAUUCAUUCACAGGACUUACGAUUUCCCUGUAACUUUUCCCUAAAUGUUUGGUAUUCAACCUUACUAGCAAGCUACUGUAUCUUUGACCAAAUGAAAGUAGAAAAAAAAAUAUGUCUAAUUUAGGGGAUUGUUUAGUCAUAUUCUUCUACAUAUAUCUUGCUGUUAAAAGGAAAAGAUGGUUUGAUUGACACCUUGCAUCUGAUUUUACUCCUGUGGAUCAAGAAAACCACUGACACACACCAAGCAGUAAGAUCCGUGAUCUUCACCAUAACCCCGCCCUACCUGUCUUUGUUUUUAAAGUCUGUCUACGUUGGUAAUUGUGUUGCCCGAUUAUAUCAUUUGCCUUGCAUAUUGUAAGGACUUAGUAACUAUCUAUUAAUGAUUAAUUAGCUCUUUGAAGAAGGGAAAGAUUGCUCUUGUUCAUAAAUGAUGGAAUAAUGAUCAGGAAAUUAAUGAGUUAUAAGUGAGUGAUGUGGACUAGCUCUGUAAUUCUUAAGGCGAGCUCCCAUGUGUAAAAUCAGUGAGAUUUAGAUUUGCUACCUUCAUUAUCUUGUUUAGAUUUGUUAAUGCUCAGCUGUGAGGUGGAGCUCUAGAAUUCUCUUAGCUGUUCUUUGUCUACACUAAAAAUUCUCAGUCAAUAAAAUCCACUUGAUAGGAAUAUUGUUUUCUUUCACUAGAUGGUGUUGGAGAGCAGAUCUUGCAUACAGCACCAGAGGCACAUUUGGUCAGCUGAAAUAAUUCUUGGGCUUUAGAGACUUGUUGAUGUGUAUUUGUACAGGAGUCAUCCUGAUCCCCAACUUGAACUGUGGACCUUGUAGGUACUCCUUGAACCUGUGGGUGUUGUUUUGUGAGCCUAAGGGUUUUCUACCUUCUUAGAAGCUCUGGGCCCAGACUUCUGUCACCUUUCUUACUCACAUGGCACAGUUCUAACUUAAGCUAAACAUGUUAUUAGUAUUUUUCUCUUUGUUUUUGCUGGUGCUGAGGCUCAAGUUCAGAUUUAUUAUCAGCCAUAGAAGUGUACAGAUUAUCACCAGAAGCCAGUUAUAGUUUCAAAUAAGGGCUAUGUAACAUACAAUGUAGAAGCAAGCUUUUGAGUUUAUGUGCAGUGGUCUGUAGAAUGCAUAUGUGGUAGACAAUGUUAUUUCAGUCAUGUUCAGCUCCUCUCAGUUCACACUGUGUGUGUGUGUUUAUGUGUGUGUGUGUGUGUGUGUGUGUGUGUGUGUAUGUGUUUGUGUUUGUGUACAAAUUGUCAGUCCUGCAGUUUUGUCUUAUUCAGCACAAGAUGGUGUCUGACAUGGGCAAAUGCAACUUCAGAGUAGAACCUCCAGGGAUCAUCUCAAUUGGCUCCCUGAGUUAGGGAAGAUUCAGCUGUAAAAUGAAUAGUGAAUAAUCCGUCCCCUUUUUCUUCCUCCAAAAACCGUUUUGAGCUUACUGUUAUUUUCCUACUCAAAAAUUUUACCUUAAAAUUUUUAAAUGCUUUAUUCUAAAGUUUUUUAACACUGUAAAAACAAGAUCUUUGUCUUAAAUGAAACUGCAAACCCAAGCAAUGUGUUUGUUCCCCCACCCCCGACACACACAGUCUGUAAUGAGCUCUUGCUUAUUAGAGGAGCAUGUUGGGGUACCGGAGAGUUUCAGCAAACUCAGUUUCAUAGAAGCAGUGAGCAAGAAAAAUGUCUUCUUUAAAAUAACUGUAUAUUGUGUUAACUUGAGUGCCUUUCUAACUUCAGUGUGUAGGUACAAGAUGUUCUUAAACUCAACUCUUGUGUUUAAGGAGUAAAAAGUGUAGAAAUUUUUUCAGCUUGUUGUAUCACAGUGAGAUAUACUGACUGGAGAAGAUAGCAUCUUUUGAUUUAUGUUUCAUUACUUGUCAAUUUUUAUGUCCUCUACCAAGAAUACCAAGAGUUAGAAUUAAUUCUCUGUCUCUCUGAUAGCUAACAUUUUGGGUUUUGGAGGCAUCAUAAUUACAGGGCAGAGUGUGCAUAAUUGAAGACACACAAAAGCUGUACAGCCUGUGCUUGAAGAGAGGCAUGCACCCCAUGCACUACUGAGGGGCAGGGGUGACCCAAGUGACCCUUUGCCUUAUGCUCAGAACAUGCCUUCCUCCCAAAUUCAGACAUGGGGGUAGGAUAGUUAAAAGGGGAAAAAUGGAACUGGCUAAUACCAAAAGAAAAGGUAAAUACUAAAAUGAAAUUUGAAGUUUUAUGAAUUUAUGUGUGGAAGGGGAGGGGAGGCCUGUCAUGGUUCAUGAUAGCAUAUAGUUUUCAUUAUGAUUUCUUAAAAAUAUAUGGUAAAUAUUCCAAAGGCUUUGCAGAGUAUUUUUGAAUAAUACAUCUCUCUGUUGAGUUCAUAAUUGAUGUAGAAACCAGUGCCUCCUGUGUGGCUUUAAGGUGGGAGGGGAAUUCUCAGGUUCCCAAUGUCUUCACCCUCUCAGGCCAUCCCUGUCACCACAGAACAACUAGAGGCUGGUGAUCUAGAAAGAAAGGGCAGUCAAGUUGAUAUGCUGAAGAAGCAGUGUGCUGCAAAGGAUGUUAGCUGUAAUAGUUCAUGCUUUCUGAACAAGAGCAGGAGCCACAGAGCUCACCCUGGCGGCUAUCAGUCUGUUGUAGAUUUAAUCAAUUUAGGACAACAUUUUAUAUUCUGUGGCCAAAAAGAAAAGGCAUAACAUGCUAAUUACAGUACAAGCUAUUAGUGUGCAAAAUCUAAUACGGACCAUCUUGCUGCUUGUCCUCUAGUUGUAUUGAGACUGUUAUCAAAAAUGUUACCAUGAAAAGGAUUUCUGUGUUAAGAGUUCCACGUGGGGAAGUGGAAGAGAUUACAUUUUGUUUCAGUUGAUGUUCUCAGCCUUUGAAAAUCAUAUUGAGGAGAAUAGUCACUGUUGUUUUGAAAACUGACAGCUGUUUUGCUUCCCAAGACUUCUUUUUCUCUGCAAGUGCAAGAUGCAAGACAGAUAGGUUCAGGGCAUCACAUGGUGCUGUGCAUAUUGUGGGAAAUGAACAAAUGAGAGCUGGGGAGUGCUGGAGAAGGAAUGUCGUUAACACAUCACCAUCUUAGCAUGUCCACAUUGGGUGAACUACACAGUUUUGUAUGAAAGAUACAUUAUGUUUAAAUAUACAAGGCAAGAUACACAAUUGUAUAACAUUGCAACCAAAGUUGAGGUUCUUUCUAAGUAUCUAAAUGUGUGUGUGUGUGUGUGUGUGUGUGUGUGUGUGUAUGUACAAACAUACAUCUAACAAGAUCUAGAGCUCAGGCUUACAUAGUUGUUUUACACAAAAGAUUUUAUGCAAUGAAUUUUUAUUUUCAUAUUUGGUCAAAGUAUUUUAAGACAAUUUUUUUUGACAGACAACCUCCUCCAGUAAAGUUGGAAACUGACAUGUGUCCAUUUGCCCUAUUUAAAUAUUUGUAAAAACUGAUUAUGUAUUUGGUGCUUUGCAUGUUUAUAUGCUAUUCUGUUUUUCUCCCAUUUUGUUAGGGAUUCAGUCUUCAUUUUAUGCCUACCAAUCACUUCCCUAAAAGCACCGAGCUCUGCUGAUGUUUAUGAAGUGAUGCAUAUAAUACACAUGAGGUUGGUGCAAUGCCCCACAGGGAUAUGUACUAAUGCUGACUCACAAGAUACUCCAACACUUCCCUAGAAACAAUCGUUUGUCCCCACAUCCAGUGUCAUGUAUUUAAGGCAGGUGGCUUUCUGUUGGUUAAAGAAGUGGUGUAGAUGGAGUGCAGAUAUGAACAGGUCAGUAAGUACUUAGCUAUUGCUUGCUCUAACAUCAGACUAACCUAGCUCUCCCCAAGGAGACUGUUGCCAUCUCUUCACUGAGGAAUAGAUUUGCUGUGUGAUAUAUUACACAGUAAAAUAUGUUAUUACAUAACAUGAAUUAUCACACUUGUUUGUUUAGGCUGGAUUUAGAAACAUACUAAAGAUAUUAUUUAAUAGAACCAUGGCAUGAAAACAAGAGUUGGAAAAAGUUUAAGCAGUAUUUCCCUGUACGAGGCACAUUUAAUAAAUGUCAGCAGCUGGAGAGCCAUGCUGCUCUCUGUGUAUUCCGUAGCCAGUACUUUGGAGCAGAGCUUUUUCAUUUCCCUCUAAUUCUCAGUUGCUUUGCAUCGUAUUAAAGGUGAUAAUGAUAACAUGGGAAGUCAGGCUGAGUAACUUCGUAUAAUUUUUUUUUUUUUAAUCAAUGGUAUUGUAGUUUAGUUUGGGUACCUAUUCUGAGUUGACCUGAUGUAAAAGAUUAGACAGUUUUCAAACAGACAUUCCUACCUGAACUGUGAGGAACCAAAUGUAGUGCAAGAGUAAUUAGGCUUUGCCUUCUGGUGAGCUUGCUGAUGCAUGAUCGUGUAUUGGCUGUAGUCAGCUUUGUGUCUUUGUUGUACUUUGUUGUAGGAGAGUAAUGGGGUGCACAGCAGACUAGAUCACGUUCCUGUUUCUCAGCUAGAAACAGAGAACAUGAGGUGUCUAAAUAUGCCAAGUAUUUACAUACUGCUGUAAAACUAGGAGGAAGACUUCUCAAAGGUACAGAAAUGAUUUGUUCUAAAUGUACGUCUUUGGAUGCUAGUUUAUUGCUUAGUUUAACAUUAUAAAAUUGGGGACUUUCACUGAAGAGAAAGAUCUUAGAUACUAUAUAUUCUACUCUCAGAAGUCAUCAUCUGGGUUAGUUUACAUUGCUUGUAGAUUUUCCAAAAAGAGCCUUCAGUGGGCUAUAGUUAGCAUUGGACACAUUAGUGUAAUCAUGGUACACUGGAAGAUAGCUCCUAGACAUUAAGUAUCAGUGUGACUAGCUUGUUUUACUGGAAACAGCUGUCUUCACUGAUAGAUACCACUUUGCCUCGUGUGACAGUCUAUAUUGAAGUUCCUUUAGCUCUUAUGUAUAGCAAUCCACAGUUUUAAAAGGCUUAAAUUUCAAGAAUUCUUUACAGCUAAAGUGUAUAUUCUGGAGGGGAAUAAGAAAAACUUUUGUAAAAAGGUAUAUGCAAAGUACAUGUGGUAUUUUGGGGUUUAGUACCCCAGGAUGAUCAAAUUAUGCUAAAUUCUAAGGUUAUGACUUGGACUUUUGGUUAAGAUUAAAUGUAAAUUCUAAGAUUAAGAUAUCAUGUAUUGUCUAUAGCUGGGUGUUCAAUGGAAAUGUAAUGUGAGCCCCAAAGGUAUUACAAUCUUCUAGUAGCAAUGUUUAAGACAUAUAAUUAACUUUUAAUAACAUAUCUUAUUUAACUUAAUCUAGUAAAACACUCUUUCAACAAUAAUCAAUGUAACAAAAUUAAGGAGCCGACUAUCACCUUUUUUCCCUUUAUAUUAGUCUUCACAAUUCAGUGUGUGGUUUGUGCUCACGCCGCUCCUCCACUGCAGCCAUGGUUCAUGCCCUCAGGCUCCACAUGUGGCCAGGGACUGCUGCAGUAGCAAUGCAGAUUUAUAGGGUACAAAGUAUAAAUCUGUUUAAAUUUGGAGGUGACAAAUAGACAUAAAAUUUCAGUCCUUAAAAGGUUGUUUAGAAAGAAAGCUAAUGAAGUUUUCCUUUAUUUUAAGUUAAUUUUGUCCUAGAAAUUGGAUUUGCCAAGCAUUAUUUGAAGAAGAAAUCCUGUGCCAUGCAAAAAUACCACUGGGAUUGUCAUAAAGUACUGACGGUGGGACAGUGACAGUCUUCAGUUUUCACUAAAGUCUGUCCUGUUUCUUCAACACACUAGCUUGAGUUGCAUGUGUACUGCAUAUCCGUAUCUGUUUGUUUCCCAUUAUUCUUGUUAUAUAAUGAUGUAUAUUAACCAGCAGCCCUAGAAUUCUAAUCUAUGCAGCUGUCUGCCAGAACAUAAUGAUGUACCUAUUAAAUUGUUAUAAAUGGCAGAGAAAUAAGUUGAACCAUUUCUUUUCCCAUUAGACUUGUUUUUUUAACAUGUGGCCAUGUACCAAACCAGCUGUAAAUUACUGUAUUUCUGUAGAAUAUGGAAGCGGUGUUGUCUUUGAUGAUGUCUAAGUAAACAUUACCUCUCCCAAAA